AUGUUGUACGAGUUUGGAGCUCUCUCUCUCACAAGCUCUCUCUUCCCGGAGCUCUCUCUUCCCGGAGCUCUCUCUCGGAGCUCUCUCUCUCACAAGCUCUCUCUUCUCCGAGCUCUCUCUCUCAGACCCUCUCAAGCUCACUCUCUCAAGGUCGCAGGUCUCUCAAGUUCAAACCCUCUCCAAGCUCAGACCCUCUCAAGCUCACUCUCUCAAGCUCAGACCCUCUUUAACUGUCCCUGUUUCUCUCCAGCUCUCUCUCUUCUCCCUCCCCAGCUCUCUCUCUCUUGCUCUCUCAUCUCAAGUGCAUUCCUCUCACUUUUUAAGAUGGCAAAAGAGACUUGGACUCCUGAAGAAGUUAGGUAUUUUUUCGAACUCUACGCGGAAGAGAGAAGAAAAGGAAAUAGAACGACAUCAAUGAAUAAAGUAGGGAAACAGAACAUCAUAGACGUGUUCGAAAAGAGGUUUAAGAAAGGAUUUCUUGAGUGGUCUUUGUUGAAGAACAAGUACGACACAAGUAGAAAGAAGUACGUCAAAUUUAGGAAGUUGAUUAAGAAUAAGACAGGUCUUGGGUUUGACAGCAUGGGAAGGGUUGAUAUGUCAGAUGAUUGGUGGAGUGAGCGCGAAAAGGAGUGUCCUGGGAUUAGAAGAUCUGUAUGGAAAGAAGAAUUUAAUAUGGAUAUGUUUGAAGAAGAAUUUGGUGCUGUAGUAGUAACUGGAGCAGAAGGAUGGAGUGCUCAACAUGGAGAAGCAAGCUUAAACUCUGGAGUGGGUCUAGAUGAUGGUGAUGAAGUCGAUUCUCAGCCAGCAGCAGAAACUCAAGCAGCAGCAGAGACAGAAACUCAGCCGCAGCUGCAGACACAAACCCAGCGCCAAACUCAGACUCAUUCUGGAAGUUCGAGAGGAAAAAGAAGGCAUAAGGAGAAGGAUAUGGUUGUAGAAGCUUGUGACAAACGUACUGAAGCGCUUAUGGUGAAGAACAAGAUAGCAGAACGGAUGUUGGAGCGUCAAGAAGCUUCAAUGGAGCGUCAAGAAGCUUCUAGUGUUGAGAAUGUGUUAGAGAUUCUGUACACAUUGCCUGGAGUGAGAGAGUGGUCUCCAUUAUAUGAAGCAGCAAUGGAACAUCUUAUAGACAGUGAAGGGAGCAGAAGGGCUUUUAUAACAAUGAAGACAGAUGAAGCUAAGACUAAGUUUCUAGAGCUUAGGACCAAGAUAAAACGUGACUAUGAAGCUUAGGACUAUUAUGGAACUUAGGACUAGUAUGGAACUUUUGCUUUUGGUCUGAUCUUUGUAUGAAACUGCCUUUUGUAUAUGCUGGUUUAGUAGACUUGGUUUUGAAUCUGGUAACAAAAUGUUUACUUUUCUUAUGUCUGUGAAAUGCCUUUUGUUACUGCAUUACGUUUGUCAUGAAAAAUCUGGUAAUAAACUCAUUACGUUUGGUCUAA